GCGGUUCACUUGGCAACGGCCGAUAAUGCAGCCCUAAGGCAUACCAGGCGCGCUGUCAAGAAGAAACUCAAAGCACAGCAGUUCAAGCUCAACUCAAAGACACCUCUUUCAACCGACAGGGCGGUGGCUGUUUUAACCUCCGUCGUCCUUAUCGGAGAAUUAAAAAUCCUCCCUUUCGAACUAUUCUCCUAGUUCUCUCUCUUUCGGCUCAAAAUAACUUAUCCUGUUUUCAGGCAUGGUACACCAGAGGCUCCAAUGGUCGCAUGUUCUACGGGAGAAAGCAUUUUGUGAUGAAUUUCACUCUGGGUAUUAAUGGGUAUUUGGUCUUAUUCAAAAAUAUGUUUAGUUCAAUCCGGUUUGCUUCGAGACGUAGUUGUUCACUACAAAAAAUUUCUUCUUAGAGUGUAUUAUUCUGCUUCAUCUGCUUUGUUGUUGGAAGACCAUGUCUUUGAUUGUAGUCCUGAGGUUGUAAGUGUUAAUAAUGAAGUUGAGGAGCUUCAAGUUCCAAGGAAGAGGUUCGAAUUUUGUAGAAAUCCCAGGCUUACUCCUUUUGUUGUGAGGGUAUUUAAAUCGUUGAAUUGGGACAUUGCAAGGGAAAUUAGGUUCAAUAUGGCUGCAAAGAUGUACGGAUUUGAUCAUUCAAUGUACGCAUUUCGGAUCAUCAUUCAUAUAUUUGCAAUGGCAGGGAUGCAGAUGGAAGCACAUGCUUUGCUUAGAGAUAUUGUUUGCUAUUACAAAGAGGUUAAGACUGAUAUGUUUGAAUUACUACUGUAUCUGUUGGAUUCACCUGAGCAUGUCCAUAGAUCAGCUGAUGUUUUCAAUGUGCUCAUCAAGGUUUUUGCAUCUAAUUCGAUGCUUGAGAAUGGCAUUGACGUUUUUGUGCAGGCUAAAAAAAUUGGGCUUGAACCAAAUAUUAUGUCAUGCAACUUCUUGCUCAAGUGUUUAGUAGAAGCAAAUAGAGGAGAAUUUGUGAGAAGUUUGUUUGAAGAUAUGAAGAACUCGGGGCCAUCUCCUAAUGUUUACACCUAUACGAUUAUGAUGAACUUUUAUUGUAAUGGAUAUUGUGGGAGGGAUGUAGAUGUUGGACAAGCAAAUAACCUUCUAGAGGAUAUGGAGAGAGGUGGGAAAAAUCCAUCUGUUGUAACAUACAGCACAUAUAUUGGUGGACUUUGUAGAGUUGGUUGUGUUGAACUUGCUCUAGAUUUCAUUCGAAAGUUGUGUUUUGGAAACCAACCGAUCAAUAGCUUCUGUUAUAAUGCCAUUAUAUAUGGAUUUUGCCAAAAAGGUGAACCAUACGAAGGUUUGAAGGUUUUGGAAGAAAUGAAGCAUUGUGGAAUAUCACCAGAUGUUCAUAGCUAUAGCAUUUUGAUUGACGGGUUCUGCAAAAAAGGUGAUUGUGAGAAAGGUAUUAAUUUGAUUGAUGAGAUGAUAGUCAACGGCAUGAAGCCUUCACUUGUUACGUAUACCUCACUCUUUCAUGGUCUGUGUAAGAGUGGAUUGGCAGAUGUUUCACUGAAUUUGUUUCGUAAUCUUGCUAAUGAUGGAUAUGAAUAUGACUUGGCUGCUUACAGUGUCUUGCUCAAGGGAUUUUGUCUUCAAGGUGAUGUGGAUUCUGCCAUGGAACUUUUUGAGGGGAUGUUCAGCAAUAGCUUAAUUCCUACGACCAACAGUUUCAACAGGUUGAUUCACGGAUUCUGUAAGAUGGGGCUCUUGGAUAAAGCCUUGGAACUUUUCAACAUCAUGCUGCAAAGUGGCGUAUCACCAACUAUCUUCACUUGCAAUGUAAUUGCUGAUGGUUAUUGCAAAGCAGGACAUUUGGAGGAAGCUUUGAAACUUAUAAAUGAAAUGCAUGAGUUUGGCAUUUUUCCUAACUCAUAUACAUAUAAUGGAAUUAUUAAGAGGCUUUGCAUGCAAAGCUAUUCAGGAAAAGCUUGGGAACUUCUUCCUCAAAUGAUUAAGAAGAAUAUUCUUCAUAAUGUUCAUUGUAACAUCCUUAUGAAUGGAUUUGCUGAACAGUCGAAACCAAAAAAGGCCUUGAUGUUGUAUGCAAGAAUGUUAAAGCUUGGGUUCACACGAACCACAAUUACACAUACAAUUCUUAUCAACAUAUUCAGCCAGAGGUGCAAAAUGUAUGAAGCGUAUAGUUUGUUUAAGGACAUGAUAGCAAAGGGUUUGAUUCCUGAUACCAUUUCUUACACAUCUGUUAUAGCUGGGUUUUGUAGAGUUAGAGAUAUGAAAAAGGCUUGGGCUCUAUAUACAGAAAUGCUGCGGAGAGGUUAUUCACCCAAUGUUGUCACUUAUACCUGUCUAAUUGAUGGAUUUUGUCAUAUACACCGUAUGGAUAUGGCCAACUUGUUAAUUGAUGAAAUGAAAAGACGGGAUAUCAAUCCCGAUGUGGUGACAUAUACUGCUCUAAUUUCUGGGUACAGGAGACUUGGUGAUAUUGAUAGAGCACAUGAGUUGUUCGCUGAAAUGAAAAGUAAGGGUAUUGUUCCUGAUGAUGCUGCCUAUAGUGCAUUGGGGGAGGAUAAUGGCAUGACUACAUAUAAUUAGACAACUGAGGAAAUGAUGAAAGAACUGGAUGUAUUCGAUUAUGAACCACGAACAGAGUGCUUCUUCAUGGUCCUCCUGGUAUGUGAAAGACUUCUUUGGCUCAAACAUGUGCCCAUGAUGCUGGUAUCAAGCUUAUCUUUGGGAAUGGAGUUCAGAUUGUUAGUCAAAGUUACAAGGAAAUUUAACAGGUAUUGCCUUAAAUUUCUGAUUCAGCUACACAGGCUGCAGCUUCUGUGGCUAAAUGCUCGUCCAGAGUGGCUUCUGAAGAUACUGAAAAGGCCAGAUGAAAGUGACCUGGCACCAUGCAUGAGGCAAUUGGGAAGAUGUUGGCAGUCAAAACUCAGUAAUCAGAAAACGGUGGCCAGCAAAGAUUCAGUUGUAUCAAGGGCCAUCAGCUAAGUUCUUAAGGCAUGUGCACUGCAUUUUACUGGUUUACCAUUUGGUAAACACUUCUUUUGCUACAAUUUUCUCUGAUUAUUAGUAUUAACAUGUUGCUCGGUAAGGUGGAUUUAAAAUAUGCAAUUUGCCUGAGAUGUACCUCUCUCUCUCUCUCUCUCUCUCUCUCUUGUGUACGAGUAUAUGUGAUGCAUGUGCCUUAUUGCUUUUUACAGAAGCUGAAUAUAGAUCUGUCGCUGUGAAUGGCACAUUCACACUGAAGGUUAAAAUUAUGGAGAAUGAUGGAAUUUUCCCACUGCAUACUAUGACCCCUCAAGUAUGAAGUUUCUUGUCAAAUUUCACUUUACUUGCGAUAUCCCUGGCACCGGAGUAGUAAUAUCAGUGCAAAUAAACAAUCAGAAUGACCUGAAUGGAAGCUAACCACCGGUACAGUCCUUAUCUGAUCCCAUGGGACAACAUCCAUUCUAAUGCAAUCCAAAACAUUGAUCAACGUACAGGUCGUAUAAAUUGUCAGAUAUGGUGGGGCAAAACCAAUGUUUUCAGAGUGUUUUGGAGGAAUAUCUGUAGUCCAAUUCCAUAAGCACUGUGUCAAGAAGAGGCGUAAAUCUAAUGUAAUAGUAGCAACAUACAACUUGCUCUUGCUAAUCCAUUUAUAUUGCUGUUUGCAAGAUUUCAAUAAUUAACAAGUAUCCCCUCUGAAAUGAGUUGGAUGUGGGAUUUGCUUUUUUAAAUAGCAUUUUCUCUUCA